AACUCCUGCUCCGACCACCACUACCACCACUACUACUACAACUACAACUCCUGCUCCGACCACCACUACCACCACUACUACUACAUCUACAACUCCUGCUCCGACGACAACCACUACUACAACAUCUACAACUCCUGCUCCGACAACCACCACCACCACUACAACUACAUCUACAGCUGCGUCCAAAAUCGACUCAUCAGAAGUCAGGCCACUGGACUGCAUGGCUGGCUUCAUCUAUAAAUCUGACGCAAAUCUGUGCUUCAAAGUCUUUACUGGCACCGCCCUUAACUUUAAUUACGCAGAGUACAUGUGUAAUUACUAUACUGGUGGAGCAGGUGGACUUGCUUCUCUGUCAACGACCAAAAAGUUUCACACUGUUCAAAAAUAUCUCGAAGACGAACGCAGAGAUGGAACGUAUUUCUGGGUUGGAUCAGAACAGUGGCAAGAUACCGAUUACAACUACAGGUACUCCUACACAUUCUACUAUUACUAUUUCCGCUACUACUUCCACUUUUACGACUACAACUACUGGGCUGACGACCACAAGGUUGACUACCAUCUGUGGGCUCAGGGUGAACCCAACGGAGAUUCUCAGAAAUGCAACGCAAUCGCCCGCAACAAACACCUGCAGCUCAUGGACAGCUCAUGCAGUAAUAAAUUUGACUUCAUCUGUGACAUUCCUGUAUUGGAACCCGACAGACCAUGGAUAUGUGACAGUGAUUACAUAUAUCACCGUGAUUCCAACAUUUGUUUCAAACUCGUUCACGUUGAAACAGAGCCAAGGCGCGCUGAAGACAAAUGUAGGAAUGAUGGAUACGGUACUGGUCGCUUGGCCGUUCUGAAUACGAUGGACAAAUUCAAUGAUGUGACGAAUCAUCUGAAAGAUAUUGGCGAAUGGUAUCCGUACAUCGUUGGAGCCUCACAGAUUUCCAUGUGGUACGAGAUAAAUAGAUGGCAUGACGGGACGCCUAUUGACGCUGCAGUGUGGGCACCUGAGGAGCCGAACAACAUAUACGAAGAAUGUGCCGAUCUCAGAAGAAAUUUUGGCUACAAGUUGAACGACAUCUCUUGCUACGAUGACGCAUAUUAUUACAUAUGCGAUAUUCCUAUAUAGGUUAUCACUGGAUCACCAGUAUCGACUGUGAAACUCUCGACUCUCUUGCAACCGUAGGGUAUUUUUUUGCAAAGACUGUGGAAACAAAAGGAAUUCUAUGAUGCGAUGCUUUUUUAAAAUAAAUAUCUGUCUGAGACUUAUCGACACAACAAUAAUCAUUAUAACCUCCCAAAGAUGAUCAUCAUAAUCCGACGAUGCUUCUGUGUAAAGAAACGUGUGUUAAGGUGUUUUUUUCUAUGAGACACUAUUGAUAUAAAGAUGCUAUGCUGCUGUUCAAAUAAAGAUUACUUGAUAACAAAACGU